GUUAACGUUUGUUUUUGACAUUUGGAGUAGCUCAGUACUGUAAACUGUAAACACUUUGUCUAGUAAACAGCUAAGCUGAGAAAGUUGCGAUUUAAAGAAUGCCUAAAGUUAAGAGAAGCAGGAAGCCUCCACCCGAUGGUUGGGAACUUAUCGAGCCUACUUUAGAUGAAUUGGACCAAAAGAUGCGAGAAGCUGAAACUGAGCCUCAUGAAGGUAAAAGAAAGGUUGAAGCUCUCUGGCCUAUUUUCAGACUCCACCAUCAAAAGUCCAGAUAUAUUUAUGAUUUGUUUUAUCGCAGAAAGGCUAUCAGUAGAGAGCUCUAUGAGUACUGUCUCAAAGAAAACAUAGCCGACAAGAACCUGAUUGCUAAAUGGAAAAAACAAGGUUAUGAGAAUCUCUGUUGCUUAAGAUGUAUCCAAGUUAGGGAUACCAACUUUGGUGCCAACUGCAUUUGUAGAGUUCCAAGAUCCAAACUUGAAUCGGGUAAAAUUGUGGAGUGCAUACACUGUGGUUGCAGAGGUUGCUCUGGUUAAUCUUAACAUUCAUGAUUUUGUUUUGUGUAAAAAGCCAAGCUUAUUUUGUGUGUAUACUUAUUUUCAGUACAGAUGGAAGUAUGUUUUGUAAAUAGAUAGUAAACUUAAUAAUACAUCAGGGGAAGUAGUCAACCAAUGUAUAGCAAGGCUUUGAAUUUUGGACCAAUUAUUUCCAUAUCCAUUUGAAUUUAUUUUAAAAUCUGUCACUUUACUGUGUCCCUCAUUUUCUGUCCAUUAUGAUGGUCUAUGAAUGAAAGCUUGCUAAUGUAUUAAAUUGUACCCAACUGAUCUUUAAAUAAAACAUUUGCUUCUGA